AUGCAAGUGUGCGGGAGCAGCGCGGCGGGACGCCGGGUCUUCGAUAGCAUCUGCCCUAACAGGAUGCUGGAGCUGCCAGGCCCUCCUCUCCGCAAACCCGUGAAGCCGGAGAGGAAGUUCGCCCCUCCGCGGAAGUUCUUUUCGGGAUGCGGCGGCGGCAGCCCGGUGUCUGUAUACGAGGACCCCCCGGACGUGGAGCCCGCUGCACUGCCAGCCCUUACCACCAUAGACUUGCAAGACCUCGCGGACUGCUCCUCUCUACUCGGGUCCGACGCGCCGCCUAGUGGUGACCCGGCUGCCUCUCAGAGCCACUCCUUGGAAACGGAAGUGGACUUCAGUCUUCAGAAUUUCAGAGAAACAGUGGAUGAUCUCAUCGCAGACUCAUCUACUUUGAUGUCGCCUACCCUGGCCGUCAGUGACUUCCCCUUCUCUCCUUGCGAUGUAUCGCCUCUCGGGUCCUACCUCUCCCAGCGGUUGGAGCCCCGGGCCCUCCAGUCAGCACCACUACGCCCUCCAGAGGUGCCGCCGCCAGAACAGUACUGGAAGGAGGUGGCCGACCAGAACCAGAGAGCACUGGGGAAUGCUCUUGUUGAAAAUAACCAACUGCACGUGACGCUAACUCAGAAACAGGAGGAGAUCGCCUCGCUUAAGGAACGGAACGUGCAGCUGAAAGAACUCGCCAGCCGGACCAGGCACCUGGCUUCGGUGCUGGAUAAGCUGAUGAUCACGCAGUCCCGAGAUUGCGGGGCCACCGCCGAGCCCUUCCUGUUCAAAACGACUGCAAAAAGGAGCUUGGAGGAGAUGUUCAGCGCUGCGGGUCAGGAUUGCGCGGAAGUAGACGCCAUACUGAGAGAGAUUUCUCAGCGUUGCGAUGAAGCCCUACAGAGUCGCGAUGCCAAGAGGCCCCGCCUGCAAACCGAGCCCAGGAACACUGACUGCUGGCCGGGAAAUCUGCACGGAGCCUUCCGAGGACUGCGCACGGACGGCUGUCGCAGCGCAUUGAACCUGAACCACAGCGAGCUGGAGGAGGGCGGCUCUUUCAGCACUCCCAUCCGCAGCCACAGCACUAUCCGCACGCUCGCCUUCCCCCAGGGCAAUGCCUUCACCAUCCGAACAGCCAGUGGGGGCUACAAAUUCCGCUGGGUACCUAGUUGAGCUGGGAUGUGGUCCCAUCAAACACUGCCCUGGAACACAGGUGAAGCGCCUGCAGGUUGAGUAGGAGUAACUGGAACCAUUUCCCAAAUCUGGCUUUUCAAAACUCACUCUGCAGGCGAAUUCCACCCUGAAACUUCUAACAAAAAUGUCUUGAUUUUAAUGCACUGUGAAGUUUUAAUGCACAGCUGUGAAGCAUUGUAUAGCCUUUCUCCUUUUCACUGCGUGUAUCUAUACAUAUACGCAUGUGUGUGUACACACACAUCACAGUCUAUUUUAAAAAUAUUUAUUUCUAGCAUCUUUGAACUACGUAGAGCAAGAAGGGAUUUAGAAACCAAUUGGUUGUCCGGGUGCGGUGGCACAUACUUGUGAUCUCAGUUAUUUGGGAGGCUGAGGCAGGAGGAUUGCCGAUUAGUUAAUUAAGAAAUAUUCUUUCUUAAGUUGGGC